GAUCAAGUGAUGAUCUUCAAUGAUCUUCAUUUGUCGUCUGUGGUGAUGAUUGUUUCGGUGUCAAAAUAAUAUUUAUUUUUGUUCAUUAAAAAUUAAAUAAAACGCACGGAUUUGAUUCAAACUCUUCGGGCUGAAACCCAAACCAAGCAAUUGAAGUACGGGACACCUUCAUUAGCAAGUACAAUUCAUAAUAACCUAUAUAACCACAGCGAAAAAAUCAUAAAAUUACGCCGGUACCCUGCACUGUGCACACAGUGAAAAAUGAGUGAAACAACUUGUUAUAUAUUGGACAACGGAGCCUAUACAGCCAAAGUGGGCUUCUCUAACGGCGAACCGAAGGUAGUGCCAAACUGUAUAAUGAAAGCAAAGUCCGAAAGACGGCGUCCUUUCAUAGGAUCACAAAUAGACGAAUGUCGUGAUGCUUCCGGUCUGUUUUACAUUCUGCCGUUCCAAAAAGGUUUCUUAACCAACUGGGACUCACAAAAAACGAUCUGGGACUUCAUAUUUAGCAAGGAAUGCUGUCCUGUAAACUUGAGUGAAACCCCAUUGAUAGUAACUGAACCUAUUUUCAAUUUUUCCUCAGUCCAAGAGGCUAUGACGGAAAUUUUCUUCGAGGAGUACGAAUGUCAGACUAUAUUACGCGUCAAUGCGACAGAUUUAGCUGAAUACCACUAUAGGAAGACGCAUAACAAUGAGUGCACAGUGGUGGUUGACUCCGGCUACAGUUUUACUUAUAUUGUUCCAUAUAUAAAAGGUAAAAAAUAUAAAACGGGUAUAAGGCGAAUAGAUGUAGGUGGUAAAGUGCUGACCAACCACCUGAAGGAGAUCCUGUCGUACAGACAACUGAAUGUGAUGGAAGAGAGCUACGUCAUCAACCAGGUGAAGGAGGAUUCUUGUUUUGUCUCACAGGACUUCAUGGCUGACAUGGAAAUAGCUAAACAGAAAGGCCCAAACAACACAAUAGUUAAAGACUAUGUACUCCCUGACUAUACAACAUUACGAAGAGGUUACCUCCGGGAUGUUGUCAAACCUGACGAGGAUUUGGAACAGCAGACCCUGCGUCUCAACAACGAACGGUUCUCCAUACCGGAACUAAUAUUUCGUCCAUCAGAUGUUGGCAUACCACAGAUGGGUAUAUCGGAGGCUAUAAUGAAUUCAAUAGAAGCGUGCCCUGAAGAAAAUAUGGAGAGUUUACUGGAGAAUAUAGUUUUGUGCGGUGGCAACACAUUGUUUAAGGGAUUUAGAGACAGGACUUUUAACGAAGUGAGAUCGUUAGCAUUGGAUCAUUUCGAUGUUAAUGUAACUUUGGGGGAUAAUCCAGUAACUUAUGCUUGGGAAGGUGGUAAAAUGAUGUUCCGUGAUCCGGAUUUUUACUCCUUCUGUCUUACAAGGGAAGAGUAUGAGGAGGAGGGCAGGUCGUUGGCUUUCGAAAGAUUCGACAUAUAGCGGCGUAAGCGGGCUAGGAACUAAAUAGAGCUCCUAGCUCGGUGAACUAACUUUAGGUAUGAACUCUGUCAAUUAAGUUGAAACAAAAUGACAUUUGUCUGCAGUGGUACAAUUAUAAACAAAAGUGCUAAAAGCUGAACUGUCUGGUACAUUAAAGGUAAAAUUAUAGAUAAUUUUGUACGUAGUCUAUAGCCCAUAGUGUAAUCUGUAAUUUAGUCUUCAUAAUAAAUAAUAUUAAUUCCAAAAUAAUUGGUAUUUGCUCAAGAGUUUAUUGCUAUGUAGAAUGUUAAAUCAUCUGUUAAAAUAGUAAUUUUAGUCAAUAACCUUUGUAAUAGAAAUGCUUUGUCCAACACCUUAUUAAGCUUUUCUUAAACUGUUGCAUGAAUUUUGGGAAAAUUGGGGAAUGUAUUACUCAGUUUGGAGCCCUGGGUCCUGACUUCCUGUUGCUUGGGUACUUAAAUCCACCCCUGUGGGCCGCAACAACAGUGCUGGAUUUAUCCUAAAUUUUUAGUAGUUUAAAAUUGAUAAAGGUGUAUGUAUAUAUAGAUAAAAUAAAAGAGAGAAUAUAAAUUAUAAUUUUUUUAAUUGAUUUUAGAAUUUUAGCUUUCAUAUCACUUUUACUAUUGAAAAAUAGCUAAACUCACACUGUCUGUCUGUCCAAACUUGUUUGUAUGGGUUCUGAGGAUCCAGACCCUAAACCGUCUAUGUAUAAAAUGUAAUUUUUUCAUGUUUUCCUCGGCAUAAUAUGAGAAAUUUUAUACCCAGUCGCCAGUCACUUAGCUUCGUGGCAACCCUUCGAAACACACUAUUUAAUUUGAACCUUCAAAUGUCUCAAGUGAAGGGUUGCCAUGAAGUACACUAUGUACCAAAACUUUACCCUUUAAUAAUUAAUUCGGUAGAUAUAGAUUAAGUAAAUAUAAUUAUUAUAAUAAUAAGGUUUACUUCUGUAACAUGUUGUAAGUAGGUAUAUAAAUAAUAAAUGGACUGAACUCUUA